CUGUAUAUCCCCACCCUAUCCACAAUCCAUCAAAAAUUUCGCCCAACCAAACCAAACUUUGGUUUCGUGUGUUGUGCAAUUGAUAGGUUCUGCAAGCGGAGUUCCCUUCAGACCUUUCUGGAACGCACAACGUCUCUCGCCCGUGGUGUUUUCGUCAAGCGAAGAAAUUCUUUUCCCGGAAUAAACAAAAACAUUACAUAAUGCCGUUGCUUAGGCUGACGUCUGGUACUUUUGGGCAGCUGCGUACUUUCGCUACGUCGCAGGCGCUCGGGAAGCGAGUGAAGACCUUCGCCGUGUACCGCUGGAACCCAGAUGAGCCCGACAAGAAGCCCUUCACCCAGAACUACCAGGUGGACUUAGACGAGUGCGCUCCUAUGGUGUUGGAUGCCUUGUUGAAGAUCAAGAAUGAGAUGGACCCUACUCUGACGUUCCGUCGGUCGUGCCGCGAGGGCGUCUGCGGCUCCUGCGCCAUGAACAUCGACGGUGUCAACACGCUAGCGUGCAUCAGCCACAUCGACCAGAACCUGAGCAAGCCAUCGAAAAUCUAUCCUCUACCGCACAUGUACGUCGUGAAAGACUUAGUCCCAGAUCUGACCAACUUCUACCGCCAGUACCAGUCCAUUGAGCCGUGGCUGCAGCGCGACAAGGAAGCGGCUAAAGGUAAGGAAGUCCAGCUCCUCCAGGAUGUUGAGGAUCGUGCCAAACUCGACGGUUUAUAUGAAUGUGUGCUCUGUGCUUGCUGUUCAACCAGCUGUCCAUCGUACUGGUGGAACGGAGACAAGUAUCUCGGCCCCGCAGUCCUCAUGCAGGCUUACCGCUGGAUUAUUGACUCCAGGGAUGAAGCUACCGCCAAACGCCUUUCAAAGUUGAAGGACACAUAUUCUGUCUACCGGUGCCACACAAUCAUGAACUGCACACGAACAUGCCCAAAGGGCUUGAACCCUGGACGUGCUAUCGCUCAGAUCAAGACCUUGUUAUCCGGUAUUGUCAAGAAACAGACCCCGAUCAUGGACCCGGCUGGUUUAGAGAAGAAAGCGGCAACUAACUAAGCAUGGCAUGCAAUGGUCUUUAGAAAAAUGGUUGUUGUACUUGUACUUAAGUAUACAUAACUAGGUUUAGGCAGAUUAGUAUUAUAAUCUCAUU